UUGAAAAAAAAAAAGCUUUUUUUCCCCCUUAGCUAACCACAAAAAAACAGAGACCAGAAUUAUAAAGUUUGUAGAAUAAUUUAUUCACACACUUGACUUCUCAAUUCUCACAAUUACAACGACAACUUCCUUUAUAUAUACGCCCAUAUCUUCAAUCAUACUUAACUGCUUAUACAUCAUCCUUAACACUUCUCAUUUCCCCCUAUCUUAAUCUCCGCCAACAAUGUCGUGCGACGCAGCGGAGCUCGUCCCUCUCCUCGGCGGCACGGCCAAUGCAAGUGCUGCCGCUUCUUACCUAUGCGACCGCUUUACAACGGUCGCAUAUGCCGUAGAUAACACAUAUUUGUUGUUCUCGGCUUAUUUAGUGUUUGCCAUGCAACUUGGUUUUGCAAUGUUAUGUGCGGGCUCAGUUCGGGCUAAGAAUACUAUGAACAUUAUGCUUACUAAUGUACUUGAUGCUGCUGCUGGUUCGCUUUCUUACUACCUCUUUGGCUUUGCCCUUGCCUUUGGAGCUCCUUCUAAUGGCUUUGUUGGCCGUCAUUUCUUUGGUCUUAGGGACAUCCCGUCGUCUUCGGACAACGGGAAUUUUGACUAUAGUUUUUUCUUAUAUCAAUGGGCUUUCGCGAUCGCGGCCGCUGGUAUUACCAGCGGCUCGAUCGCGGAGCGAACCCAGUUUGUGGCGUAUCUUAUAUACUCCACUUUUUUGACCGGGUUCGUUUACCCGAUUGUUUCACAUUGGUUUUGGUCUGUGGAUGGGUGGGCCAGCCCGACCCGAAAUGGUGAUUUGUUAUUCGGGUCGGGGGUGAUUGACUUUGCUGGGUCGGGUGUGGUUCAUAUGGUUGGUGGGGUGGCGGGCCUAUGGGGAGCCUACAUUGAGGGCCCGAGGAUUGGUCGAUUUGACCGCUCGGGCCGCUCUGUGAUUCUAAGAGGGCAUAGUGGUUCAUUGGUUGUACUUGGAACUUUCUUGCUUUGGUUUGGUUGGUAUGGGUUUAACCCGGGUUCAUUUUUGACUAUUGUUAAGGCAUAUGGGUCUCCCGGAGGAUUUUAUGGUCAAUGGAGUGGGGUAGCAAGGACAGCUGUCACGACUACAUUGGCUGGAUCAACCGCGGCUUUGACUACCUUAUUUGGAAAGAGGUUAAUGGUGGGGCAUUGGAAUGUAAUUGAUGUAUGUAAUGGGCUUUUAGGUGGGUUUGCAGCUAUUACUGCUGGGUGUUCAGUAGUUGAGCCUUGGGCUGCUAUUGUUUGUGGGUUUGUAGCUGCUUGGGUUUUGAUGGGCUUAAACAAGGUGGCUGAGAAGGUCAAGUAUGAUGACCCACUUGAAGCGGCCCAAUUACACGCGGGUUGUGGUAUGUGGGGAUUGCUCUUUACAGGCCUAUUCGCAACCAACCGGUACGUCGGAGAGGUUUAUGGGCCGAAUCGGCCCUAUGGAUUAUUCAUGGGUGGCGGAGGAAGACUACUCGCGGCUCAAGUGAUCCAAAUUCUUGUUAUAUUUGGGUGGGUCACGGCCACUAUGGCUCCUCUUUUUCUAAUUCUUAAAAAGCUCAAACUCUUAAGAAUUUCAAGCGAGCAUGAGAUGGCGGGUAUGGAUAUGACCAGGCAUGGUGGGUUUGCUUAUGUAUACCAUGAUGAAGAUGACCCGUCGCAAAAAUCAUCCUUCAUGAUGAGGAGGGUGGAGCCUAGUAGUGUCACGCCUAGUCCUAACCCAUCUUACUGGGGCACAAAUGUGUGAUCGUGUAAAUGAUAUAUGUCCUCAAAAUUUUGCAUUGACAUGCGUGAAAAGUGGAUAGAUUAGCUUGGACACCUUAGUAUUCAGCUUUACCAUUUUUUUUUUUUGCUCCCAUAUAUAUGAUUCCUAACACUACUCUUAUGUAAUGGAUAAGUGUGUAUAUAUAUAUGUGUGAUCUAGUGCUGAAAAAACUGUAAUUCUCCAGCCAUCAUGAUUUGCAUGUGUCAUAUUGUACCAACCAACAGAAAUGAUGCUCUUCUAUUCCUUGUAGCUAAACCUAAAAGGCUAGUUUCAUUCCAUAUUGAAUAAGAGAAGAGUUGCUAAA